AUGAUUCUCCCUGGCACCAAUUCGAUUCCAAAAAACGACUCCCUGUCCUAUGUAGGAACUGCGGCCCACACCUCUUCACUGAUAUCACGUGGUGGUGGAGGUUCGCCGUCCGAGUCAUCUCUGACGUCGCGUGUCAAUCCAAGCAUCUGCGCACGGUGCUGGGCGUCCGCUGCCUUGGAGGCCGACAUAUGGCCCUCGCAAACUGCAGCCCUUUGGGUAGCACCUGCUGUUCUCCACUCUGCAGCUGCUACUGCCCUCCGUUCUGCGGUUGCUGCUGCCCUCCACUCUGCAGCUGCUGCUGCCCUCCGCUCUGCAGAUGUUGUUGCCCUCCGCUCUGCAGCUGCUGCUGCCCUCCGCUCUGAUUGGGCUGCUGCCCUCCGCUCUGCAGCUGCUGCUGCCCUCUGCUCUGCAGCUGCUGCUGCCCUCCACACUGCAGGUCCUGCUGCACUCCUCUCUACAGCUGCUGCUGCCCUCCGCUCUGCAGCUGCUGCUGCCCUCCGCUCUGCAGCUGCUGCUGCCCUCCGCUCUGCAGCUGCUGCUGCCCUCCGCCCUGCAGCUGCUGCUGCCCUCCACUCUGCAGCUGCUGCUGCCCUCUACUCUGCAGCCGCUGCUGUCCUCCGCUCUGCAGGUGCAGCUGCCCUCCGCUCUGAUUGGGCUGCUGCCCUCUGCUCUUUAGCUGCUAUUGCCCUCUUCUCUGAUUGGGCUGCUGCCCUCCGCUCUGCAGCUGCUGCUACCGCAUCCCCACCGGCGGCUGUCGGCCUCUUUCCCGGCCCCCCUGCUGUCCGCCCAAUUGCAGGUCCCACCGGCCCCCCACCGGCGGCUCCCGCUGCCUGUCUCCCUCGCCGCCCUCCGACGCCUCCGUUCCUGCUGCCAUGCGAGACGUGGCACGACUAA